AUGACCGACCUCUCUGUUAAUGGGUUGGCUGAGCCUCUUCCCGACAUUACCAAUGGCAAUCACCUCGGUUAUCGUUCUGGCCGUAUGAAUGAGGCAGCCUUGAAGGUUGCUUCUGAACACGGCUGGGUCGCCCCCAAGUCAUACAAGUACGAUGCUGAUCAAGCCACCACCGAGACUCCUGCCUCCAAUGGUGACGGUCUCGACAGUGGCGAGAACAAGGAUGACAAUGCCACUGUUGAGACUGGUGCUACUUCUCGUGCCUCAAAGUUUGCACCUGGAAAUUGGGCUCAUGAUGCUGGUCGUUACGAGUGGAAGGAGGAGUAUGGUGAUGUCGGCCCUCGCAGUGAGAAGUUGGAAGAAGAACUUUUCAAUUCCAAAUUCAUCAAUCGGGCUGGUGGAAACUUCAAGAACCUCACCACUGUGAAAGUCAUUGUCGAGUCCCAAAAGCGUCCUGCUCCCAUCAGUGACUUCGAGACCGCUGGCAUCCAUCCUGUCCUGGUUGAGAACAUCAAACUCUGCGAAUACCAAAUGCCCACCCCCAUCCAAGCCUACACCAUCCCUGCUGUCCUGUCGGGCCACGACAUAAUUGGGGUUGCUCAAACCGGCUCUGGCAAGACCGCCGCAUUUCUCAUCCCCUGUAUUUCAAAGUUGAUGGGAAAAGUCAAGAAGUUGGCUGCUCGUCGUCCCAACCUUGCUGGCAACUUUGAUGCUGAACGUGAGCGUGUUCGUGCGGAGCCGUUGAUUUUGAUCGUGGCACCCACUCGAGAGUUGUGUUGUCAAAUCUUUGACGAGGCUCGUCGCCUGUGCUACCGCUCCAUGCUGCGACCUUGCGUUGCGUAUGGUGGUGGUCCUAUGCGUGAGCAGAUUGCUCAACUGAAUCUCGGCUGUGAUCUUUUGGUGGCCACUCCUGGUCGACUGCUUGACUUCAUGAGUCGUCCUGAAGUUCUUUCACUCUCUCGUGUUCGUUACACCAUCAUCGACGAAGCUGAUGAGCUUCUGCACGACGACUGGGAAACUGAGAUGACAAAGAUCAUGUCUGGUGGAGAUGCCAACACUGAUGGCGAUCAUCGAUAUUUGUUGUUCUCUGCAACAUUUCCCAAGCGAUUGAAGAAGCUUGCAGCGAAGUUUCUUGAUAACGACCAUGUACACAUCAGCAUUGGCCGAACAGGUUCAGUACACAUCAACGUCAAGCAGCAGAUCAUCUGGACUGAGAACAACCACAAGAACCAGGCGCUCUACGACCUCUUGAUAUCUAUGCCUCCUUCUCGUACUCUUGUCUUUGUGCGUUCCAAGAAAUCUGCCGACCUUGUGGACGACUACUUGUUCAAUAUGGGUCUCCCAUCCACCUCGAUUCACUCGGACCGCCUUCAGAUUGAGCGUGAAGAUGCCCUUCGUUCUUUCAAGACAGGAGAUGCCCCUAUUCUUGUCGCAACUGGAGUGUCUGCUCGUGGCUUGGACGUCAAGCAUGUCAUGCAUGUGAUCAACUAUGAUCUCCCAUCCGCUGAACAUGAUGGUUUCAAUGAGUUUGUUCACCGAAUUGGUCGCACUGCUCGCAUUGGCAAUGAAGGCUUGGCGACUUCUUUCUACAACGACCGAGAUUCUGGCAUGGCUCCCUUCAUUACCAAGAUCUUGGUGGAAACCAAUCAGUCCAUUCCCGAAUUUUUGGAACAGUACAAGCCUGAGGGUGCCCUCAACUUCGAUGAAGAGGAUCCUGAUGUCGAAGACGGUGCCGUUGAAGAUGAGGGUGGAGAUGCCUGGGGUGCAAAAGGCGGAGCUGCUGGUGCUUCAGAUGAUGCUUGGGGGAAUGGCAACGCCACAGCUGCUGCUUCCGAACCUGCCUGGGGUGGUGAGACCGGCGCCUCUGCACCUGUUGAGGAAACCCGGGGCACCUACACCAGCACUCCCGUUGCUGCUUGGUAG